ACAGCGGAGUAACAGCCCGGCGGGGGAAACGGUAAGGUCAUAAUAUAGGUUUUUUCAUCUCGGAUCAGCAAUGGCCUUCAGCAAGGGAUAUCGCAUCUACCACAAGCUGGACCCACCACCCUACAGUGUCAUAGUGGAAACCAGGACCAGGGAAGAAUGCCUCAUGUUUGAAUCUGGGGCUGUUGCCGUUCUGUCGGCAGCAGAGAAGGAUGCCAUUAAAAACACAUACACCAAGAUUGUUGAUGCCUAUGGAAUCCUGGGCGUCCUCCGCCUAAACCUGGGUGACUCCAUGCUUCACAGUCUGGUGGUUGUGACAGGAUGCAGCUCUGUGGGGAAGGUACAGGAUUCAGAGGUUUUCAGGGUCACACAGACAGACUUUAUAUCACUGAAGAAUGAUCCAGCAGAUGAGGACCGCAUCGCUGAGGUGCGAAAAGUCCUGAACUCAGGACACUUCUACUUUGCCUGGUCUGCCUCUGGAGUCAGCAUGGACUUGAGUCUCAAUGCACAUCGCAGGAUUCUAGAAGACACUACAGAUAACCGCUUCUUUUGGAACCAAUCUCUGCACCUGCACCUGAAACACUAUGGAGUAAACUGUGACGACUGGCUGUUGAGGCUGAUGUGUGGUGGUGUUGAGAUCAGGACUAUCUAUGCAGGGCACAAACAGGCCAAGGCCUGCAUCUUCUCCCGCCUCAGCUCAGAGCGAGCUGGCACGCGAUUCAAUGUCCGAGGAACAAAUGACGAUGGUCAGGUGGCCAACUUUGUGGAGACUGAACAGGUUAUCUUUCUGGAUGACAAAGUCUCAUCCUUCAUACAGAUCCGUGGGUCCAUUCCUCUUUUCUGGGAACAGCCAGGAAUCCAGGUUGGCUCUCAUCGUGUCAAACUUUCAAGAGGAUUUGAGGCAAAUGCGCCAGCAUUUGAAAGACACUUCACUGCACUGCGGGGGUUGUAUGGUAAACAGGUGAUCAUCAACCUGCUUGGGAGUAAAGAAGGGGAACACAUGCUCAGCAAAGCGUUUCAGAGUCACCUGAAGGCAUCAGAGCAUUCAACAGCAGUGAAAAUGGUGAACUUUGACUACCAUCAAAAUGUGAAGGGAGGCAAGGCAGACAAACUCCACAGUGUCCUCAAACCUUACGUCAGCAAGUUCAUGGAGGAAUGUGGGUUCUUCUACUACUCAGGAGAGACGGGUAUCGUAAGGACUCAGGGUGGGACCAUUAGGACCAACUGCCUGGACUGUCUGGAUAGAACCAACAGCGUCCAGGCCUUCUUUGCCCUUGAGAUGCUGCCAAAACAGCUGGAGGAAAUGGGUCUGACAGAGAAGCCCCAGCUGGUGGCCAGGUUCCAGGAGGUUUUUCGGACCAUGUGGUCUGCCAACGGAGACUCCGUCAGUAAGAUCUAUGCUGGAACUGGUGCCCUGGAUGGCAAGGCCAAGGCGGGAAAGCUAAAAGAUGGAGCUCGUUCUGUGACAAGGACCAUCCAGAACAACUUCUUUGACAGUUCAAAGCAGGAGGCCAUAGACAUCCUGAGGCUGGGCUCCACACUCAACAGUGAUUUGGCGGACAAAGCUCGGGCCUUGCUCACCACUUCCAGUCUUUACGCCUCCCCAAGAGUAUUGCUUGGAAUGUGUCAGAACUACCAUAAAUACACAAGGCCCAAGCAGAUCCGGGUUUGUGUCGGCACCUGGAAUGUCAACGGGGGUAAACAGUUUCGCAGCAUUGCUUACAGAAACCAGACAAUCAAUGACUGGCUGUUGGAUGCUCCAAAGAAGGCAGGCCAUCCUGAGUUCCAAGACAGCAAAGCCAACCCUAUAGAUAUCUUUGCCAUCGGUUUUGAGGAAAUGGUUGAACUGAAUGCUGGCAACAUUGUCAGUGCCAGCACUACGAACCAGAAACUUUGGGCAGCUGAACUACAAAAAAACAUAUCGCGGGACCACAAGUAUGUGCUGCUUGCUUCAGAGCAGCUGGUGGGAGUGUGUCUGUUUGUUUUCAUCCGUCCACAGCACGCACCAUUCAUCAGGGAUGUUGCUGUUGAUACUGUAAAAACUGGAAUGGGCGGGGCGACAGGCAAUAAAGGAGGUGUGGCCAUCCGCCUGCUGUUCCACACCACCAGCAUCUGCUUUGUCUGCUCCCACUUUGCUGCUGGCCAGUCACAGGUCAAGGAGAGGAAUGACGACUACAAUGAGAUCACACGCAGACUCAGCUUCCCCAUGGGUCGCUUGCUGUACUCGCAUGACUACAUUUUCUGGUGUGGAGACUUCAACUAUCGAAUCAACCUGCCCAAUGAGGAAGUAAAAGAGCUCAUCAGACAGCAGAACUGGGAUGCCUUGACAGAUGGGGACCAGCUGUUGGACCAGAAGAACGCUGGUUUGAUUUUCCGAGGUUUCAUCGAGGGGAAGGUAGAUUUUGCCCCCACCUAUAAAUAUGACUUAUUCUCAGAAGAUUAUGACACCAGUGAGAAGUGCCGCACACCAGCCUGGACUGACCGCAUACUCUGGAAGAGGAGGAAGUGGAACUUUGACAAAACUGCUGAGGAGAUGAAUGUAGUGGGGGCAUCUACAUUUGGGGGGAAUGAGGAUGAUCCAGACAACCCCUGGAGUCCUGGGAUUCUAAAGUACUAUGGCAGGGCUGAGCUUAAGACCUCCGACCACCGGCCUGUAGUGUCAAUAAUAGACGUGGACAUCCUGGAAGUCGACCCAGAGGCUCGGCACCAGGUCUACAAAGAAGUCAUCGCCCUGCAGGGGCCUCCGGACGGCACCAUCCUGGUGUCGCUCUGCUCCUCCGGCCCUGAGGACUACUUUGACGACGCACUCAUAGACGAGCUGCUGGACAAGUUUUCACAGUUUGGAGAGGUCAUCCUCAUCAGGUUUGUUGAGGAGAAGAUGUGGGUGACCUUCCUGGAAGGUUACUCUGCUCUUGCUGCUCUGUCUCUCAGCGCUUCCACUGUCCUUGGCAAACUGAUUGACAUUCGUCUGAAGAGUCCAGGCUGGAUCAAGAGUCUGGAGGAGGAGAUGAGCGUGGAGAGGAUCUGUGGCAGCAUCCCCACCUCAGCCAGCUCCACCCUGCUUGCUGAGGACACGGACAUGGGCGACGACGAUUACGAUAUGGAAGGUGAUGUGGAUGAAGAGGUGGAGGAGAUCCUCCCCCAGCACCUGCAGCCUGGAGCGGGCUGUGGCCCUGGAUCCUCCCCUCUCCCCUCCCCGCGCAGUAGUCCCUGUUCCUCCCCCACCCACGGAGAACCUGCAGCCCCUAACAGGCCUAGUCGUGCACCACACCGACCAUCACAGGGGCCUCCUGUUGACUUCCAGCCCGGUGCCCCCACAUCUCAAGGCAUGGAGCCCAAACGCCCGCCUCCCCCUCGUCCCCACGCCCCCCCAGCCAGACCAGCACCCCCCCAACGCCCACCACCACCUUCAGGUCGAGGCCAGGCCGCAGUGGGAGCUCCUGGACCUGGAGGUGCUCCCAGACCAAAUAUCCCUCCUCGAGCUGGAGUAAUCAGUAUGCCCCCUCAGUCUCGCCAACCACCUCCCUCUCACCCUGGAGCACCCAGACCUAUCCCAGAGGUGCAUCCCGGGGCCCCACGGCCCAUCUCAGACACCCACCCCGGAGCCCCACGCCCUGUGCCCAGUGCACUGGCAAAACCGACCGACCUUCCUCUGGGUCCUCCCAUCGCCGGACUGCCUCCUACAGAGCCCCCUGCAGUGAGACCCCAGGUUCCGUCACCCCUGCAGCAACCCAUGCAGCCCCAACCAGCUGCCCCUUCAGCUCAGUCCCAACUCCCACCACCAAUGCAGCCCACAUAUCCAGCUCCACUCCAACCACAGCAAGCUGCAGCUCCUAAAGCAGGGCCUCCUCCCGCUGCUGCUGCUGCCCCUGCCGGGCCUCCACAGGGUCUAGCUUCUCCUAAACCCCCACCACGCUCCCGCUCCUCUCAUGCUCUGCCGCCUGAUGCUGCCAAGUCUGAGACAGCCCCAGCUGCGCAGACCAAUGGACUGAAUGGAAUCCCAAGUGAAGCACAAUGGAAGCCCGACCCCCUUGAUAUACUUGCAUCUGAGUUCCUCUCCUCCUCCUGGCACACCACCCAGUCCCUGAGCAGAGGCUCCUCUCUGCGUACUCCCCCCUCGGUUCCUGCAUCUACGUUGUCCUCCAGCACUCUCCCUGCAUCAUUCUCCCUCCAGUCCUCCGCUCUGUCAGACCUGCAGGCACUUGAUUCGUCCUCCUCUUCCUCACUCUCCACCCCGUCACCGUUCGCCUCUACCCUGCUCCCACCUCCCCCGGUCCCAUCUCGUAGUCGCUCGCAAGAGACUUUGCGUGCUUCCCCAGGCCUCUUCCCGAUUGACCCGCUGCCUGCCCGACCCAGCAGCACCAAUCCCUUUACAGGCCCACUGGCACAGCAGCACCGCUCGCUCACCCCGGACUUCAGCGUCCAGCGUCCAGUCCCGGCGCUAAACCUUCAGAGCACCAUGUCUGCUCUCAAUCAGCCACUCAUCCCCAGCUCUGCUCCAACAGCAGCCGCUGUGCCCUGCUUCCAGCUCCAAAGAACCACGUCCCUGUUUGAACCAUCAUCCACUCUUAAUCCUACACCUGCUCCUCUGAUCCCCUUCGCCCCUAACCCGUCUCCGGUCCCCUCCUUGCCUCUGGCACCUCCCUCCUCCAUUCCAACUGUCCUUGCACCUCGUCGCCAGCCACCUCCACCAGGAGGGAAACCAACCCAGCAGUGGGUCACUUUUGAUGAUGAUUUGGCAUUUCCCCCUUCAACCAAGACUCCACAGGCACCCAUCUUCCCUCCCAGUUCCAUAGUGUCCCAAACUCAGAUUCUGCCUUCCCGCUCUGUGUUUGACUCAGAGCCCGACUGGUUAUCCUCGACCCCUUCCGUAUUCCCAGCCCUCCCUCCUCCCAUCCCAACUAGAACUGUAACCAGUAACCCAAAGCUCCCAGAGGGACCCAGUGAUGACAGCUUCUUCCCCAGGGACUCAACCGAAAGAUAGGACUCUUAAUAUGUAAAGGGCAUAUCCAGAUAUGUAUAGAUCUAUGAUAAAUGUGUAUAUGUGUGUGUGUAUGUACAAAAGAGAUGGUAUUUAAGAAGUAUAGACCAAUCCCCUUCUGAAUCACAGGAAAGGAUUUAUAUCUCAGACAUUAACAUGAGAAGUGUAUGAGCCUAAUUGUGUUCUCCAACUUCACUACAGAGAUGUUUGCGUGUUCCCUGAUAUUAACAUUUAUUUUAAUAUGAAUCAUUUUGAUGUUUAUUUGUAUUUAUGGCAGCAAACACGUGCCUGUGUCUACAGAAUAUAGUUAAAUAAAGUACAUCUAUACACACACAAAUCAUGUGUGAAACCACAUGUGCAAUAUUAUGUCUGUGGGGCCGUGCAGCACACUGCAUUCGCCUUUGAGCUUAAGUGUUACCUUUGCAUUUGCUGCAUUGACUGACGCACUGAGGCUCACAUUCAUCAUUUUGACUGAUCUGUACAGUAGAGCGGGAUUCUCAGAGUUGAGAGUAUUCUUCUUAUUUCUCAGUUUACAUGUAGUAGAAGGCUAUGCACCGCGGGUUUUACGUUCGCACUCAAAAUUGCUGUAGUCUGCAGCAAUGAGAGACUGCUUUGACUUGCAAAGAAUUUGUUGGAAGUUUUUUUUUGUUUGUUUGUUUGUGUCUUGAGGGGUGCAAAUUUAAAGGUCAUAUCGUGUGCUCGCUUUUAUCAUGAAUGUACUUUAUGUUGCACUGGGUUUUGUCAUUGUCUCCUUGCUGACACCAUGGUGUGAACAAAAGCAGUCAGUGUCAUAGUCAGUCAAACUGUCCGCUCCCGCAGGACUGAUGCUCUGUAGUAUCAUCUCCACUUGGUAGUUGUUUCCUCUGCUCAGUCAUCACUCUUUGUCUUUGGGCUUAAGCUUAGCUCAAUAUCAAAAUCUAUACAUAGUGAUUAUGUAUAAAUGUAUGUUUUCCAUUUGGAAACUACUUGCUAAAUGUGCGUAUGUGUGUUUGUGAUGACCGUAUCAGUGAUUUGCACAAUGUAACUGAUAUGCACUGAAAUGCUGUGCUCUCUUGAGUGUAUUCUUGUUGAUGGCAGAGUGUGACAAAAAUGAGAGCCUGCGGAUUGAACGGAUGAGAGGGCUUUUAGACCUUUCCACCUCUGUAGUGUUUUGAUCCGUCUUGAUUCAUCCAAAGCAUUUAACCAUACUAUUGUAAAUUCAGAGAAUGUGGACGUAUGCUUGUGUAUACUUCUGUUACUGAUGUGAUUUGGAUCUGUGGACAUGGCGGCAAAGACAUGCCAUGCAUAAUAAUAGAAGACGGCACUUUUUUUUUUUUUUUUACUUAAACAUUUGUUUAUUGCAAAAGUCAUGCUUUUAGUUUCUAAGAACAUUUACUCUAAAUAAUCUACUGUGAUGAUACUGUGGUGAGAAGUAAUGUGUUGUGUUUGAGGUGCAUAUAUUCUGUUGUGGUGUGUGUGUGUGUGUGUGUGUGUGUGUGUGUGUGUACGGAGUUAGGAGUGGAAUACCAGAGCUUUUCCCCCAGGAGUUCUUUGCUUACAGGUUCUGAACAGCCACUGUAUUCACUCACUCAUGGCUGUAUUUGUGUAUUCCCGCUCUCCAGCCUGCAAAGGGUGUGCAUAGUGACUUCACUGUAUGCGGAAAUGUUAACGAUACAAGACAAAAGGACUUUUUUUCCCACAAAGCAGUCACCAUCUGACUGAGAAUUCCCUGGUAGCAAAGACGCUUAUACCACACCUUGACUGAAUAAACAGACUCAAUUGCACUGUAUUCUCAGACCCAAAUGCGUCACCAAAUGAUCAUUUCCAGUUGUUUGUUGUGUCCUUCCCAGGCGCAGUGUGACCCACAUUCCAGACAGUAGUGCGACUUGAGAGCUGGGUGUUUAAAACUCUUCUCAGCGUUCGCAGAUCCACCUGUGAUAUCUUACCCAUAUCUGUUUCCUCCAGUUGAGAGUAAUUGUUGCUGAUUUCGUAACCAUUGAUGAGGUGCGUGUGGUGUUUUCAGAGGUGAUGUAUCAGUAUUUCUUGCCCGUGCUACCUACUUUCACUCCUGUUGAGUUCUAUAUGUCAGCGUCAGUGUUGACAGUGAUGACAAGCAAUAGUGUUGCAAAAGGAUCAGUGAGAGUACAAUCCUCCCUUACACGACACAUGCCAGCUGUGUCUACUCAGAUGUUGCGCCCCCCCCCACCCCCAAAACCUUCAGAAAUUAUGUAACGAGCUGAAAUGUCUUGGUUCAUGGAGGAUAAAACAUCUAACCCAAAAAAGUACCAGCUAUCUAACGCUUCUGCUUACACUAUGUAAAAUACAUAAAAAUCUAAAAGUCUUCAUUCACUGCACUGAAAGCAGUAGCGAUCUAUGUAAGCAAGUGUAUCGGGUUGCCUUUGCUUACAUGUCAAUGUCAUCUCUAAAAUGCAUUUGUGUAAUCCAGAUGUGUGCAGUAGAUACUGUAUCUGCAUUAUAACCUUAGGUGACUAGUCAGCGCUUUGUGUCAUGUUAUGUUCUCCAAGAUGAGAUUUUAUAGGAAACAAAUUGCUCCUUUUGUGAAGUCGGUGUCCCUUUUUAUGGCUAUAAUCCAUAGUAAAUAGGAAUCUGUGUUGUUGAACAUAUUCUGUAUGUAUUAAAGAGAAAACAUGAAGCUGCGAUUCAUGUUAAUAUCCAACGUUCCAUAUUUUCAGUGCACAGCUGAUUGCACAUUAAUGUAUGAAGCAGUUUAUGUUGUAUGUAUGCAAAAAUAAAUGUAACUUUACCUGAA